UGUAGGAUGGCUCUUCAGAGGAGAAACAUUGUGAGUUUUCUGCUGAAGAAGGAAGACUUAUCAGCAAAAUGUCCCACGAUGGAAUGUCAAGAGAGGAAUAUGAGGAGUACCAGAAACAGCUGGUGGAGGAGAAAAUGGAAAGAGAUGCUGAGUUUGCAACAAAAAAAGCAGAACGGGCUUGCCUGAGGUCAUGUCUAAGAGAAAAGUACCGUCUGCCAAAGAGUGAGCAGGAUGAGAUCAUGAUCCAGCAGGCAGGAGAUGACAUCGAUGUGCCUGAGGAACUGGUAAAGAUGGUGGAUGAAAAUGCUCCACAGGAGGAAGAAGAUCAGUCCAUUUUGGGUCAAAUGCAGAACAUUCAAAAUAUGGACAUGGAGCAGAUCAAAGAGAAGGCUCAGGCCACGCUGGUGGAGAUUAAAUCCAAGGCUGAGGAAAAGUGCACUGUGAUGUAAAGAACCAUGUUACUGGUA